UGGCGAUGCAGUAUAUAAUGUCUCAAGAUUCAUCAUCUAGUAGAACAUACUCCUUUGACCACACCCACUUCGUUGAAGACAGACCAAGGUUCAAAUCAACCCGACAUUCUCAACAUCGAAUUAUAUUCUCACGAUUAGCUUAUACUACCCGACAUGGAGGAUAAAGGCGCCACACUCGACAUGUCUCUGUUCUUUGGAACAGAAGAGCAAAAAAGGCAAUUCUGCAAUGAGCUACUUCGUUUGCUCAAAUCGCGAGGCGGCGUCAAGAUUCAAAAUCAUAGCAUACCAGCAGAGGACAUCCACCAACUAUUCGAGAUGAGUCGAAAAUUCUUUGCUUUGCCACUGGAGGAGAAGAUGAAAGCCAAGCACCCGCCUCAAGCCAAUCCGAACCGAGGAUACAGCUUUGUCGGUCAAGAGAAUGUCGCAAACAUCAGUGGAUACGAGAAGGGCCUAGGGCCAGGCAAAACUCGCGAUAUCAAGGAAACUCUGGACAUGGGCAGCUCGCACGAUGACCUGUUGGACAACCUUUGGGUCCCUGAAGAGAGCCUUCCUGGCUUCCGAAACUUCAUGGAAUCCUUCUACGAAAAGGCUUACAAAACCGAGAUCCAGCUCCUUUCUGCUCUCACGAUUGCUCUUGGGGUAUCAGAAGAAUAUCUAAGGACACUUCAUAACCGGGCGGAGAACGAGUUUCGUCUUCUUCAUUACCCGGCGAUUCCUGCCACGGAGCUCGCGGAUGGUACAGCCACACGUAUUGCCGAGCACACCGACUUCGGAACCAUCACCAUGCUUUUUCAAGAUUCCAUCGGAGGCCUUCAAGUAGAGGAUCAAAAUCAGCCUGGAGUCUUCCGAAGCGUGGAAUCCUUAGCGCCCACCGACAUCAUCUUCAACAUCGGCGAUUCUUUGCAACGCUUGACCAACGACGCUUUCCGUGCUGCUUGCCAUCGUGUCACGUACCCUCCUGCAAUCAAGGCUGGCGACAACUUUAAGAUUCCUGAGCGGUACUCUAUUGCGUAUUUCGUGAAGCCGAAUCGCCAUGCGUCUUUGCUUCCUAUGAAGGAGUUUAUCACAGAAGCUACCCCGUGCCACUACGAUGAUGUGACUUCGUGGGAAUGGAACAACCGAAGGAUUGCCAAGCUGUUUGGGUAGGGCAUAGUUCUCAGAACGAGGUCUGAAUGGAGGAUUGGCUCUGCUCUGAAUACAGACUAAGGCUGGUGGUGGUAUAAUGAUAGAGGUCUUGGGUGUAUGGAGCUGGGUGCAUGUAGCGAUAGUUUCCGGGGUCACUUUCCAAUUUAGUCCAGAGCCAAUAGUAGACUUGAAACGAUUGACCCGGGGAUUGGCAAUUACUCUGUCCACACGGUUAAUUGUACGAAUG